UAUCUCAGCAGUAAUCAUAAAACGAUUGUGCAAAACUGUUGAGUCUGCUGAACGCAGCUAUUAACUGACUGUGUCGCUAAAUGGGGAGAAGUCGUUCUCCAUCUCCAGGAAGAGGACGGAGGGAUCGAUCUCGAGAACGAGAUCGCGACAGAGACCGGCGGAGAAGACGAUCGCGAGAAAGAAGACGAAGAUCUGUAGAACGAGAUAGAGUAAAGUCGAGAGACAGAGACAGGGAUCGAGAACGUGAACGAGAUAGGCAUAGAAGAUCGUACAGCAGAUCCAGAUCACGGGAGCGUGACAGAUCCAAACAUAGAGUAAAACCGAAACCUUCAACAAAUGAACGACCCAUUAUUACAGAAGCAGAUCUUCAAGGCAAAACACCUGAAGAACAAGAGAUGAUGAGAAUAAUGGGAUUCUGUGAUUUCGAUACCACUAAAGGCAAAAAAGUAGAUGGAAAUGACGUGGGUGCGGUUCAUGUCAUUUUGAAAAGGAAAUAUAGACAGUACAUGAAUAGAAAGGGUGGUUUCAACAGGCCUCUGGACUUUGUUGCAUAAUUUACUUCUAGUACAAUUUCAAGUGAUAAGUAUGUCAAAAUGACAUCACAAAUAUGAUGAAAAUAUCUGAAUGACUAA